CCCUCCUUCUUCUUUUCUUCGGCAAUUGCAAUUGAACAAGUAGAUAUCUCACAAUGAUUAUUUUUACCGACGUUAUUUCUGGAGACGAAUUAUUAUCUGACGCUUAUGACGUCAAGUUAGUCAACGGUGCCGUUUACGAAGCCGACUGUCAAAUGGUUACUGUUGGUCAAGGUGACAUUGAUAUUGGUGCCAACCCAUCUGCUGAAGAUGCUGACGAAGCCUUGGAAGAUGGUGCUGAAACCGUCAACAACGUUGUUUACUCUUUCAGAUUACAACAAACUCAAUUCGACAAGAAGUCUUUCACCACUUACAUCAAAGGUUACAUGAAGAAGGUCAAGGCUUACUUAGCUGAAAACGACCCAGAUCAAGUUGAAGCUUUCGAAAAGGGUGCUACUGCUUACGUCAAGAAGGUCUUGGGUUCUUUCGGUGACUGGGACUUCUACACUGGUGAAUCUAUGGACCCAGAUGCUAUGGUUGUUUUGUUGAACUACCGUGAAGAUGGUACUACUCCUUUCGUUGCUAUCUGGAAGCAUGGUGUUAAGGAAACCAAGAUCUAAGCUAGCUUAGAGACUGUUUUUCUUUAGUAUAUCAAGUUAUAUAGGCAAUAAAGUAUUAUCAUAUUUCUUUUAGGUAUAUGUAGGUAAUCCUCGCAUCAAAAGAGAAGCGUGAUAUAUAUAUAUUGAAACUUCCAAUGUAUGUUGUUGUUUUCACCAUUUAGGUCUUGCAUGCAUGCCGAUUGUUGUAGUUAAACAUGUCCAGAAAUAGUGGAAGAAUUUGACAAGUUAUACACAUCGGCGUAGUAAAAAAAUAAAAAAAUACAACUACUUUUGGUCAAUUCAAGGGUUGCUACAAAUACUAGUCUAAAGUAAUGAAUUGUGAUAUCAAUUGGGUUAUAUUCAGAGUUAAGUAAAUGACAAUCACAUCCAGGAUCAUAACAAAUGUCUUCGGAAGAAAAGACGCUUAAACAAAUCAUCUCGUGCGGCUUGUCCCGAAAUAGCAAACCCGCAUUGGUUUGAUUUGCUGCGAAAGUUUUUGCUCGGAAAUACAAACUAUCUACUG